AUGGCGGUGUCGUGGAUUAUUGGCAUUGUUUGCGUGGUGAUCCCAGUUCACUGCAGAAUGAACGUACUCUUCCUUGUGUCUGACGACAUGCGACCGGAACUGGGAGCUUACUACGGGACAGACUUCCCUUCCCCGGUCCACCCUCAGAUGCACACACCCACGCUGGAUGCACUGUCGAAAAAAAGUCUUCUACUAAAGCGCGCGUACGUGCAACAAGCCGUCUGCUCUCCGAGUAGAACGUCACUGCUGACUGGCAGACGACCGGACACCACGCACGUUUACGAUCUAAUUCACUACUUCCGAAAGGUCGGGGGAAACUUCACCACAAUACCCGAGUACUUCAAAAUUAAUGGAUACAGAACCAUAGGAAUGGGUAAGAUAUUCCACCCAGGUCGAGCUUCUGGCUGGGAUGACCCCAUCUCGUGGACAGAUCCGUAUUUCCACGGAAAACAACCACGAGAAUACAACACCGGCAACAGCUGGAUGUCGGUACCAGAAUCUGAGUGGUCCAAAAAGCCAAUACUGGACACUCAGAACACCAACCAUGGUAUCGCAGUACUUCGUGAAGUGGCCCCUAAAGCCAGGAGUGGAGAACAACCUUUCUUUGUAGCAGUUGGUAUUCACAAGCCUCACCUGCCAUUUGUGUUCCCUGACACCUUCCUCAAAUAUUACCCACAGGACGCUAUUCGCCUACCUCCAAAUCCCUACGCCCCAAACGACAUGCCGGCGGUCGCCUGGUAUAAGUAUGGUGGUCUCAGGAGUUACAAGGACAUCAACGCUCUACACGCCAGUGGUGACAUCAACACAACUCUGCCCAACGACGUGGUGCUGUACUUGAGAAGAGCGUACUACAGCGCCUUGUCCUACACAGACUAUGAACUGGGUAGAGUGAUCGCCGAGCUGGAGAGUCUUGGACUCGCUAACAAUACAAUCAUCUCUUUCUGGGGAGAUCACGGCUGGCAACUUGGUGAACACGGAGAAUGGUGCAAACAGACGAACUUUGAACUGGCUACGCAUGCGCCAAUGAUGAUCCAUGUUCCGGGAUUAACGGAUCAUGGAAUUGUUACAGAACAGCUGACAGAAUUCGUCGAUCUGUUCCCAACACUGGUAGAGGCAGCUGGAUUACCUCCCCUGCCCCUCUGUCCUGCUGACUCGGCAGAUAUCCGGCUGUGUAGAGAAGGGAUGAGUCUGGUGCCGCUCAUGAAGGACCCGACAGCGACGUGGAAGACGGCGGCGUUCUCCCAGUACCCGCGAGAAGAGAACUUCAUCAAAAUCAUGGGCUACACGAUGAGGACAAACAGAUACAGAUAUACGGAGUGGCCGAGGUUUUCAGGCAAACCCGACUACAAACCAGACUGGACAACUCUCUUUGGAGCGGAACUGUAUGACCACGUGACUGACCCUGAAGAAAACGUCAACCUCGCCAAUGACCCAGCGUACAGGGACUUGAGAAAUGAACUCAGUGAACAACUUAGAGCUGGUUGGCGUUCGGUGAUGCCUGGAGUAAACUAAACUAUUGUUUUACAUUUCGAGAUUUACGUUUUGUAUCCUU